GAGGGAAGAGGAGCUGGAGGAGAACCGGAGCAAGGACGAGAAGCAGGAACCAGGGACAGCCACGAGGAAAGCGGGGCGGCCUGGCAGGAAGCGCAAACACGCCCUGGUGGAAAGUAGUGAAGCAUCCAAAGACACUGCCUCAGUCCCAAAGUGCCACCCCCCCUGCCAGGAUGCUGGCUCCACGGAACAGGUGCUAAAUGGAGACCUGGAGACAGACGGUGCCCAGUGGAAAGGCCCAGAGGACAGCGACGGGACCCUGAAGGGCGGGCAGCAUGGCGAGGAUGAGACAGACAGCCUCCCAGACAGCGAGACGGGCCAGGCCCUGGAGAAUGGGCGCUGCACCCCGAAGGACAGCCCGGAUCCCCCGGCCGAUGAGGGCAAAGACGAGAAGGAAGAAGCUAACUAUGACUCCCUGAAAAUGGAGGGAUCCCGAGGCCGCCUGCGUGGCGGGCUGGGCUGGGAGUCAAGCCUGCGUCAGAGGCCCAUGCAGCGGCUCACCUUCCAGGCCGGGGACCCGUACUACAUCAGCAAGAGGAAGCGAGACGAGUGGCUGGCCAGAUGGAAAAGGGAGACUGAUAAUCCAUCGGCAUCCCAGCUUGACAAGGCUGAGAAGAAGGCCAAAGUCAUUGCCGUCAUGAACGUGGUGGAGGAGAGCCCACGGGCAGAGCCCCAGAAGGAGGAGGAGGCCAGCCCGCCCGCCUCGCAGCAGCCCACAGACCCCGCCUCGCCCAACGUGGCCACCACGCCUGAGCCAGUGGUGGCCGACGCCGUGGACAAGAGCACGUCCAAGUCAGCUGAUGACGAGCCGGAGUACGAGGAUGGCCGAGGCUUCGGGAUCGGCGAGCUGGUGUGGGGGAAGCUGCGUGGAUUCUCCUGGUGGCCUGGCCGGAUUGUGUCCUGGUGGAUGACUGGGCGGAGCCGAGCAGCCGAGGGCACUCGCUGGGUCAUGUGGUUCGGAGAUGGCAAGUUUUCCGUGGUCUGUGUGGAGAAGCUUCUGCCACUCAGCUCCUUCUCCAACGCCUUCCACCAGGCCACGUACAACAAGCAGCCGAUGUACCGCAAAGCCAUCUACGAGGUCCUGCAGGUGGCCAGCAGCAGAGCGGGGAAGAUCUUCCCAGCCUGCCCCGAGAACGACGAGACAGACACUUCCAAAGCGGUGGAGAUCCAGAACAAGCAGAUGAUCGAGUGGGCCCUGGGGGGCUUCCAGCCGUCUGGUCCCAAAGGCCUGGAGCCACCAGAAGAGGAGCGGAAUCCCUACAAAGAAGUUUACACGGAGAUGUGGGUGGAGCCAGAAGCAGCCGCUUACCCCCCGCCUCCGCCAGCCAAAAAACCAAGGAAAAGCACAACGGAGAAGCCCAAGGUCAAGGAGAUCAUAGAUGAGCGCACCCGAGAGCGGCUUGUUUAUGAGGUUCGCCAGAAAUGCAGGAACAUCGAAGAUAUCUGCAUUUCUUGUGGAAGCCUCAACGUUACCCUGGAACACCCUCUAUUUAUCGGAGGAAUGUGCCAAAACUGCAAGAACUGCUUCCUGGAGUGCGCGUACCAGUACGAUGACGACGGAUACCAAUCGUACUGUACGAUCUGCUGCGGCGGCCGCGAGGUGCUCAUGUGCGGAAACAACAACUGCUGCAGGUGCUUCUGUGUGGAGUGCGUGGACCUGCUGGUGGGACCAGGUGCAGCCCAGGCAGCUAUCAAAGAGGACCCCUGGAACUGCUACAUGUGUGGCCACAAGGGCAUCUACGGGCUGCUGAGGCGAAGAGAUGACUGGCCCUCCCGCCUCCAGAUGUUCUUCGCCAAUAACCAUGACCAAGAAUUUGACCCACCAAAGGUUUAUCCACCGGUCCCAGCUGAGAAGAGGAAGCCCAUCCGAGUGCUCUCUCUCUUCGAUGGAAUUGCCACAGGUCUGCUGGUGCUGAAGGACCUGGGCAUUCAGGUGGACCGCUACAUCGCUUCUGAGGUUUGCGAAGACUCUAUUACUGUGGGGAUGGUGAGACACCAGGGCAAGAUCAUGUACGUCGGCGACGUCCGGAAUGUCACCCAGAAACAUAUACAGGAAUGGGGCCCUUUUGACCUGGUGAUUGGAGGGAGCCCGUGUAAUGACCUCUCCAUUGUCAACCCUGCCAGGAAGGGUCUUUACGAGGGCACUGGACGGCUCUUCUUCGAGUUCUACCGCCUUCUCCACGAAGCCCGGCCCAAGGAGGGCGACGACCGGCCCUUCUUCUGGCUCUUCGAGAACGUGGUGGCCAUGGGGGUGAGCGACAAGCGGGACAUUUCACGCUUCCUAGAGAGGAGAAGGGAGCGGGGGCAGCUGCAGGACGGGAACCUGAACCAGCUUUCCGUGCUGCGAGCGUUGGGGGGCUGA